UAAAAGCGUCUGCUUCCACCACUGUUUUUGGAAUGGAAAUUAGAAACCACAGUCCACAGGUAAUUGAAGACAGUGCAAAAGUAUCAGUGUAAAAAGUGAAAAAAAGAACCCAUAAUUACUAGUAAUUAAGAUUGCUAAGUCUGAACUAAAAACAUUUCCGGGCACUGCCGAUAUUCCCUUGGAGCUGCAGAACAGCAGGAGUAGACCCCAAUUUUUCUGCAUAGGAUAAUAGAAAAAUAAACGGAGACGCUGUGCUGAAAAUACGAGGAUAUUGCAAGUGGUUAGGAUGGUGGAGUUCACAUUAUUUUUGGCCAGGCAUGGGGAAACUGACCACAACAAAGGAUCUGUGAUUCAAGGCCAACUUGACAUACCAUUAUCCCACAAUGGAAUUGAUCAAGCCAAAUCACUUGCAAAAUUACUCUAUCAGCAUGAAUGGAAUGAAGUUUGGUCAAGUGAUUUAAAAAGGAGUUGGCAGACUGCGAAUUUUCUUGUCAAUAAGGAAUUAACUAACAAUGACUGUGAUGACACAGAUGCCUUGCUAAUGAAUAAUCCUUUACCUUUGAUCCAAGCUGAUGUUAGGAUCAGGGAAAGGAAUUAUGGCAUUUGUCAAGGCCAAAGCAGUUCAAUUCUUAAGGAAAUGGCUAGGGAAGCUGGAGUAAAAGUAAGCAACUUUGUCCCACCUGAAGCUGAAAGUCCUGCAGAUGUGAGGGGAAGAGCUAUUUCUUUCUUUAAGGAUUUAUGCAAUCGACAGAAGGAACGCGUUGACGAGAAAGAAUCAAAGGUUUUGCUAGUAGGUCACGGCGGAUGGUUGUCUCAAUUCAUGACCUACUUAGCGUCGCAUGUCGAAAGUACGUCUUUUACAUUUCGGAUAGAAACCGCCAGUAGGAUAACUCCCAAUACUGGCGUUUCAAGUUUCGAAAUUCGGCUAGAGAAUGACGGUAGAGUCUCCAACGUAAAAUGUUUAACGUUACACGAUACAUCCCAUUUAAGUAAUUGUGUCCGUACCGAUCAACUUGCAGUGUAAAAAGUACGAAAAAUUUCAAUGACAAAUGUGACGAGUAGCAAUAAAAGUAUUUGUAAAGUG